AUGGAGUAUUUUCUUAAGCAAGCGUCUCAAGAAAAUGCGCUCAACCCACUGUGCAAAUUACCGGAAGAGCUAGUCGACAACAUUGUCGCUUUUCUGAGUGCUGGGGAUUCCGAGGAAAGAUAUCUGUGCGCCCUGCGACUGACCUGCAAACAUCUCUAUAGAAAGUCGUUACAUUACUUCGGACGCGUGGUACUUCAUACUGUGCGUACAGACCUCUGCUUCAUAAGCUUGCAGCGACUUAUGAGGCUGGCAGCGGACGACCGUUUGAAGGAUCAUGUACACCACCUCCUCAUCAGAGGGGCUUUCAAUAGCUGUAUGGGAGCUGGUUUCCAAUGGAUGAGACAUAGCACGGGUCCGCUCGAUAUGAAGCAAUCACUGGGGGCCCGCUGGUUGCGGCAUGUCCUACUCUCAUUACCCAACUGCAGGUCAUUUUCUAUCAAUCUCAACUACGGAUGGAACGAUUCAUCGGCCCAUUCUCGCCUGGGACCCAGCGACGGCAUAAACAUGAUUACGAACAUCAUUGCGGAGACCGGCAUUCCUGUGCGAUCCUUCCACGUGUACGCCUACCCGAGCAGCAGCAGAUUCGCCUUCAACGAUGUGGAUCCACGGUGUCUUCAGUUCGACACCCUCAAAAACCAGACCUUCAUCAACAGCUGGGCGCACGUUGAGAAGCUAAGGUUCCAGCACAAUUUCAUCCCCGGCAAUAUCGGAGAGUGGGUGGCUCGGGUGAUCACGCUUGCCCCGAAACUGAAGACGCUGGAGAUCAGCUAUGACUACACCCCCGAGGCACAGAUAAUCACAACCCGUCUUGCCUCCGGGCCGGGCGUACUCUCCGAACUGCGAGAGCUCGUCCUUACUGAAGCGUCCGAAAUGGAUAGUGAUGAGCUACUGACUCUUCUCCGCUUUACAUGCCGCAUGCUGCAAUGCCUGAAGCUCGAGCGUCUUCAACUGAAGAAAGGCGGCACCUGGAUUCCCCUUCUGACUCUACUGGAUCAGUUCCCUUUGCUCGAAGACCUUCACUUGUUUUGGCUGAGUACUGGUCAGAGAAAAGUUCUGCAUUUUGUGUCGCUGACGGAAUACAUCCCCAAGACUCUACAGGGAAAGUUCCAGCACGAGUGCAAGCAGUUCUGGGGUAUGCCAAAAACCGUCUAUGUCGCUUACCGUGGAGAUAGCAUGUCGGUGUUCCUGAAUGCUCUAUUGAUGUCUGCGCAAAACGAAUGA